AUGGCCGAUGCAAAAAUUGAUAUGGCUUUAGACGAUAUCAUCAAAAAAGGUGGACGAGGAAAUCGUCGUGGCCGAGGAGGACGCGGAGGAGGUGGAAUUCAACGUCGAGGUGGAAAUAAUCCACGAGGAAAUCGUGGUGGUCGUAUUGGCAAAAACAAUUUCAAUAACAAUAAUAGCAACCGUGGCCGAGGUGCUAGUAAUUUUCGUCGUGGCGGAGGACGAAAUACUUUUAAUCAACGAAAUAAUAAUCGUUCGAACAAUUUCCGUCAACAACGAGGUCGAGCAAAUUCAAUUCCAGGUUUUAAUCGCCGAAAUAUAGGCUCUGAUAAACCUACUGCAACGUACAAUCCAUUGAGCCGUGAUAACAAUUCAUCAGCGCCGAAACAACAACAACAACUACCACCUCGAAUUCAAACAGCUCCUCGACGACAACAAGGUAGUAUCUUUAACAAAGUUCGACCGAAUCCGACGAGAAACGUUACAGCUCUUCAACGACGUAUGGUUGCUGCACAACGAGCAUUGAGUCGUGCAACAAAAACACUUGCUCAAGUUCCAAGAAUACGACAACAACGACAAAGAAUUCUUCAACAACCACAAAAACUUAGAAAUAUCAUAACACGAAAUCGAAUGAAUAAUGGUGCCGGCGGUGGUGGUAUCCGAAAAAGAUUGGGCACAGGUCGAAAAUUACUUGGUCGUGGUGGUGGCCGUCUAUAUCUAUUAAGUUCAUCUAAACCGAUUGAAAUAGCUCGUAAUCUAAAUGAUCAACAAAUACGUUCGAUUUUGCCAUCAAUGAUUUGGCUUGGUUUACAACAAUGUCCAAAAAAUCAUCGUUUAACAAUAUCAGCACAACUUUUACAAAUAGUUUCACGUUUUCAUGAUAUGGAUUCUAUUAUUGAAUUAUUUGAAGUUGAUUUUCAUUCAUUAAAUAUAGAAAUUAAACGUUUACAAAAAAUUAAACAAAAACUUCUAGGAGACGGACAACAAAAUAGUAAUGCUUUAAUAAAUCAAGAGAUUAUUGCAUUUGAACAAGCAACAGCUAGAGAUAGAUGUAGAAUUGUAGCACAAAUUUUAUUUGAUGAUUAUGAAAAAGAUGAACAAUUAUUAACAAAUCUUCUCGAUGAAUCAAAUCAUGUUCGAAUUGUCGGUGAUGUUAUCUGUGUACUUGUCUUACAUUUAUCUCAUUCAUUUAAAUUUGAUAUUCUCAUCUCUAAUCUUCUCCAUUCUAAAUAUGCAUAUGAAUAUUUAAUUCGUCUUAUUCUCAAUGUCCCAACAUUAAAAUUAACCUUAGCUGAACUUAUUGUACGUUGUUCAUCGAAUGAUGAAACACGUUAUCAUAUACUUCAUACAUUUAUUAAAUUAUAUCCAAUACAUAAACUACGUCUUUUACGUUUAUGUCAUCAAAAACAUACACUUUUACCAUUGAUUCUUGAUUUACUCGAUCAUUCAACUGUUAAUAUUCUUCUUCUUAUUCUUUCUAAUUCAAAACAACGAACAUGGUUUAAAAAAUAUCAAACACAAGAACUUGUACAUAAUCUUAUUAGAAAAUUAUUUGAGCUCUAUCAAAAAAAACAAUGUUCAGGACAUUCAAUUUUAAAAAUAACAGCAAUUCUACAUGUUUAUUGUAAUGUUAAAUUUUCAUCGGAUGAAAUUCAACAAUUACUUAAUUUAUUACUUUCAUCAACAAUUGAUGUUACAUUAGGUUUAUGUUAUAUAUUUAUGAUUCCUUCAUUAGUUGAAAAUAAUGAAAAACGAAUUAUUGAAUGGUUUACAUCAACAAUAUCAUCGACAUCAACAGAUGAUAAAUUAUUAAUGAUUAGACUUUUUUGUAUAACAAAUUAUAAUGAACCAUUGAAUGUACUUAUAUCAUCAAUACUGGAUUUUCCUUGUCGAAUUGAUACUGGUUCAUUUCAUCAAUCAUGUCUUUCACUUAUUCAACUUAUAUUUACAAAUGAUUUACUUGUUCAACGUUUUGCAACAAUAAAAAUUACACCAAAUUUAAAUUCAACUAUUAAAACAAAACAUAUUCCAGCACAUUUUAUAUGUUAUCUUCUAUCAAAAGGUCUUUGUAAUGAACAUCAAGUACAAAUGAGUUCAUGGGUAUGGUCACAAAUGCUUCAAUGUAAAACACCAAUUCAUCCAAUUAUGUUAACACUUAUUAAUGAAUUAGUAACAACAAUAGUUGAUUUACGUUAUGCAUGGCAUUUAGCACCUAUAGAUACACAAAUUAUACGUGAAUAUUUAUCAUUAUCAUCAUCAAAUGAUCAUAUACCAACAAAAAUGCUUAUUUUACUCUAUUUACUUACAUUAAAUGAUCGAGCAACUGGAAAUAUGAUUAAUCGAUAUCAUCAUUCAUCGAAAAUAUUAUUUGAUCUUCUACCUUUACCCCACCUUGUCGAACAAUUAACAACAAAAGAUUAUGAUACAAUAGCUCCACAACUUGGAAGACUAAUGAUGGAACAAUUACCACAAAUAUUUCUUGCUGAUCAUGCUCUUUAUUUAGAAACAGAUUCUCAAUUAAUUUCAUUACAUCAUUCACAUAAAAUGGAUACAAUGGAACAUUUAUCUGAUCAAUUGAAUAAAACACUUAUCAAUGGUAUUUCACGUAAACAAGCUGAUGAAUGGCGUCGACGAUGGUUUCGUGUCUAUGCAUUUCGUGGACAAUUAUUAACAUUAAGAACAGCGCAGAUAUUACUAAAUAAUAAUCAAUUAACAUAUGAUGAUCUAUGUGCUGAUCCUCAUUGUCUACUUCGUUUUUCAUUCCAGCUAUACAAUUAUCCAUCCAUCAUACAAAUUGUAUUAUUUAUCAUGAGAGAAGUACUUAUUGCUAGUCGUCAUCGUUUCGAACGUAUUAUUAAAGCAAAACCACCAUCACAACAAACAGAUCUAAUCUGUAUACAUGAUGUUAAAUCUAAACAAUUACAAGAAACAUUAAUACAUGCACAAGAAGCACUUGUUAUACAAAUUUUACUUGAUGUUUUACAUCAAUAUAAAAAAACGGCAUGUUUACCUGCUUAUCGAGAAUUGCAAGGUGUUAUAUGUUCAUUUGUUCAUCAAAUGUUUAUUACUAACCCUGUUCUUGCUAAACUUGUUCAUUUUCAAGGCUACCCAUCAGAUCAAAUUAAACCUUUGAUUUACAGUGUUCCAUCAAUGCAUAUUUGUUUAGAUUUUAUACCACAAAUGUUAGCUACUAAUGAAUUAGAAACACAAAUAUUCGCUUUUGAAUUAUUAACUGAUCUCUCAUCAUUUUAUCCAAUUCGAACAGCUUUACUUGUUGUUAAACUUGCUUUACAAGUUUAUGCCACUUUAUUACGAGUCUUAUCAAAUGAUGAUCGUCUUCGUUUUUUCUCACGUACAUAUAAAUUUCUCACUCAUAUGAGUUCAAUAUUCCCACCAUUAACCCAAAAUUCAGUUUAUGUUCUUCAACAAGCAAUACGUACAUGUUCUUUAGCUCCAUCAAAUCUACCACAAUUAAAAUGGACAUCAGAUUCUCUAGGUCGACCACGAAGGAUUGAUAUUUAA